UCGCGCUCUGCGGACCACAAGAGAAGGAGCGUGAGCCGGACGGAACGAGCCUUAGCGUGAGUCUCGGGACGGAAAGCGGGCGGGAGAAUUCGCGAACGUCUCGGCAUUGUCGCGACCGUGGCUGGCCGUCUCUGACUGAUGUCCGCUCUCGACGCUCCCACUGAAAGCGUUCCCCCGCCAAGCAACGUUCGACGACGGGCGGAAACGACGAAGCCAAGCGGAGCACCGACGCGGGCGCGUUCUCCUCCUGCUAUGAGUAAUGCUGCGCGGAGGAAGAGAAGGAGUGCGGGGAGCCCGCUGGCGUCCGGCUGCCCCAAAGGCCGCGGCCGCGCUCCCGCCGGCAGAGCGGCCCGCGCUAACGCAAGGGCGAACGCUAGCGGGGUGGCCAGCGGAAGAGCCGGCCCCCCGGGGGUCCCGGCUCCCGCCGCCGGGGAGACCAUCGACGUGAUGGACAACCUGGAGGACAGCGUCGAGGAGGUGGUGGAUCUGACAUCCGAGGCGGCGGAAGCGUCGCAUGUUGUCGACCUCACCAGCGGCGACUCUGUCCUGCUGGUGGAUGAAGGUCCUCAGAGCAGGGGAAACGCCCCCGGAGAAAGUUACGUCGUCAGCAGCGAUGAUGACGACGAGGCCCCGCCUCCCGUGCCCGGCGCCGACGUCUCGUCCUCGCCUCAGACGCGGCGCCCCAGCAGGAUGACACCGGGAACCAUCAGCUGUCCGGUGUGCAUGGACACGUACUCGGAGAUGGUGGAGAGCGGGCGUCUGGUGGUGUCCACCAAGUGCGGUCACGUCUUCUGCAGCCAGUGCCUGCGUGACGCCCUGCGCCGCUCGCUCACGUGCCCGACGUGCCGCAAACGCCUCACGCCUCGCCAGUACCACCCCCUCUACAUCUGAGCGCCGACGCCUUGCACUUUGUUGGCUUUUGUUUGGACCGGUCUCAUGUAUACGUUUGUGUUGCGCACGUCAAGAUGGCGCCGCCUGCACCCUCCAACCGGGAGCGAGCGGUCACCCGACCGGAAGGACCGGACCGACGGGAAACUCGAGCGGGCGGAAUGUUCCGGAAAGCUCAAAGGCGGGGCCUUUCUCUUCACUCGUCACCACGUGAUAAAAACAUUCUCUGAGUCAGGCAUGACUAAGGCGGAGAAAGGUCAUAUUGAAGACGUGAAUAUGACUUCAGAGCAAAAGGGUGACAAAAUGUUUGGGGUAAAAAAUAAAUGAAAGGGUUUGUUGUUGUUUUUUUUUUCUUUUUUUAAUAAAACGUCACCACCACCACCCUGUGCAUCAUUCCCACUUCAAACUGAUGCAAUGUUCACUUGUCUACAUAAAAUGGUUCUAUUGCUCGUCAUUUCAUCAA